CCCAUGUUUACAUGUGAGGUUCCGCGAAGUUAUUGUAUAAGGAGUUAAUAGAUCAAUGACAUUAUUUUCUCAGUGAAAAUAAACGAUCAAUUUUUUUGCAGUUUCUUGUAUCUUAUACUCUGGUUUUGUUCAGCUUUGUAGCAGAACCUUUCUACGAGAUGGGAAAACUGAGAAAAAAGCACAACUGGAAAGGGAGACAGCAGAGCGAGCCUCAACAACCAGCACACGCAGAAAAGACUGAAAUUGUAUUAGAACUGCAAGAUGUCACAAGACUGAAGGGUGUGGACGAGAGCAACGCCUUGAUGCUGCCGGCCUGCAAAGCCAAAAAGAAGUCGUCUUCAGUGCCUCCUGUUUCCAAUAAGAAGCCUCUCACCAAGAAGCGGAGGAAAGAGCUGCAAAAAGUUCUGGAAAGGAAGCAGAAGAAAGCUCAGAGAGCUGACAUCCUGACACAACUGGCUGAAGUGCAGGUUCCAGAGUCUGAACUAAAGCUCCUUUACACCACAUCCAAGCUAGGCACGGGGGAGAAGCUUUACUACACAAAACAGUUACCAGACGAAGUGAUAGGUGGAGCUUCUGGACCAAAGAUCAGCAGUGUCAGCGGGGCCAACAGGAAAAGAAAAUGGAAAGUGGAAGAGGAGGAGCAGGAAGUAGAAGAUAUUAGUAAUGUCUCAUCUAGUGAUGAUGAUGUUGAUAGUGAUGACGAGGAGGAAGAACAUAACGAUGCGAACAAAACCAUGGUGACAAGUGAGUGUAAGGAAACAAGUUCUCCUUGUGAGGAGGUAAAAGAGGAGGUGAACAAAGAACAGCAGCAGAUGCAGAAAGAAGAACAGGCUGAGAAGAUGAUGAUGUCCAAUCACUUGAAAAUGAUGUCACAGCCGGCCGUCUUCAUCCCGGUUGACAGAUCACCACAAAUACAGGAGGCUCGUUUGAAGUUGCCGGUGUUGGCGGAGGAGCAGAUCAUCAUGGAGGCCGUGAGAGAGAACCCCUGCGUCAUCCUCUGUGGCGAGACGGGAAGUGGCAAAACAACACAAGUGCCUCAGUUUCUCUACGAAGCCGGCUACGCGAGUGAAACUGGCAUCAUCGGCAUCACUGAGCCAAGAAGAGUAGCAGCUGUCAGCAUGUCACAGAGAGUCGCCAAAGAGAUGAAUCUGUCCACACGCGUGGUGUCCUAUCAGAUCCGAUACGAGGGCAAUGUGACGGAUGAGACCAAGAUCAAGUUCAUGACGGACGGUGUUCUUCUGAAGGAGAUCCAGAAGGACUUCCUGCUGCGACGUUACAGCGUGAUCAUCAUAGACGAGGCCCACGAGCGAAGUGUGUACACGGACAUUCUCAUUGGAUUGCUCUCUCGUAUAGUUCCCCUCAGAAACAAGAAAGGUUUGCCCAUGAAGCUGUUGGUCAUGUCGGCUACUCUACGUGUGGAGGAUUUCACCGAAAACCAGAAGCUGUUCAAGGCGCCUCCGCCCAUCAUUAAGGUGGACGCUCGGCAGUUUCCCGUCACCAUACAUUUCAACAAACGCACCCCGCUGGACGAUUACACGGGAGAGGUGUUUCACAAGACCUGCAAGAUCCACCGCAUGCUGCCUUCAGGCGGCAUCCUGGUGUUUCUUACCGGCCAGGCAGAGGUUCACAGCCUCUGCAGACGACUGCGAAAAGCUUUCCCCUUCAGGAAGGGCAUCACAGCCAAUGGGGAUGAGGAGGAGGAAGCUGACACCUCAGAAGGAAUGAAGAGAUUCAAGAAGACCAAACAAAAGAAGAGAGUUUCCCUGCCUCGUAUCGACCUGGACAACUACUCUGCCCUUCCCGUGGACGAAGGAGACGAGGACAGGGAGGCGGGGAUAGCUGAGGACGAAGGCUCCGACUUGGACAUCGGAGACGAUCCUGGCGACACGGAGGAGAAGGCCGACCCGUCCAUCCCCAUGUACGUCCUCCCGCUCUACUCUUUGCUGGCUCCUGAGCAACAGGCCAAGGUAUUCAGGCCUCCUCCUCCCGGCACUCGUCUGUGUGUGGUUGCCACCAACGUGGCUGAGACCUCGUUGACCAUCCCCGGCAUCAAAUACGUGGUGGACUGCGGCCGCGUGAAGAAGCGCUUCUUCGACCGCGUGACUGGGGUGUCCUCCUUCAAGGUCACGUGGACCUCGCAAGCAUCAGCCAAUCAGAGGGCGGGUAGAGCGGGCCGAACAGAGCCGGGACAUUGUUACAGGUUGUACUCGUCUGCAGUAUUUGGUGACUUCAGUCUGUUCUCGGAAGCAGAAAUCACUCGCAGGCCUGUGGACGACCUGGUCCUGCAGAUGAAGGACCUCAACAUAGAGAAGGUGGUAAAUUUUCCCUUCCCGACUCCUCCUUCUACCGAGGCUCUUGUGGCAGCAGAACAGUUGUUGGUCUCUCUAGGAGCUCUCAAGGAGCCACUUCGCAAUGGAAGCGUAAAAGAGAUUGAGCGAGCAAGACUAAGCUGCCCCAUCACCUCGCUGGGUCGAGCCAUGGCCUCCUUCCCCGUAGCACCGCGCUACGCCAAGAUGCUGGCACUGGGCCAGCAGCAGGAGUGCUUGCCCUACGUCAUCGUCGUAGUCGCUGCCAUGACUGUCCGGGAGAUUUUUGAGGACCUCAAUAGACCUGCAGGUAGCGAAGACGAGAGCUCCAAGCUCUCCCAGCGUCGUGCUCGGAUGGCCCAAAUGAGGAGGCUAUGGGCGGGGCAAGGGCCGUCACUCUUGCUGGGGGACGUCAUGGUCAUGUUGGGUAAGUUAGUUUUGGCUCAGGUGGCAUCCUUGGCAAGAACCUGCCUGAAACAUACCACACGUGUGCGUAUGACUUCAGGUGCUGUCGGCGCGUGUGAAUUCGCCGGCUGUACCCCCAAAUUUUGCGAGGAGAACGGCCUGAGGUACAAAGCAAUGGUGGAGAUCCGCCGACUCAGGAGUCAACUCACCAAUGCAGUGAACACGGUGUGCCCGCAGAUGGGCGUGUUCGUCGACCCCAAGAUGUCUCCCCCUACGGAGCACCAGGUGGUCUGCUUGCGACAGAUCACUCUUGCGGGCCUCGGAGACCAUCUGGCGAGGAGAGUACAGGCGGAGGAAUUGUUGGAUCCGAAAUGGAAGAACGCUUACAAGACACCACUCCUGGACGACCCGGUGUUCAUUCACCCGACAUCACCGUUGUUCAAAACGCUGCCCGAGUUUGUCGUCUACCAGGAGAUAAUGGAAACCACCAAGAUGUACAUGAGAGGCGUGUCCGCCGUCGAAGCCGAGUGGGUCCCUCGGCUCCUGCCUCAGUACUGCCAUCUCGACCCUCCUCUGGAGUCACCGGCGCCGUGGUUUUGUUCCUCUACGGGUAGCAUCAGAUGUCACCGCUCAAGCACCUUCUUCCGAGUGGCCUGGCAGCUUCCCGCAGUGGAGAUGGAGUAUCCCGAUGGUCUGGAGAGAUACAAACUGUUUGCCCAGUUUAUUCUAGAGGGACAGGUGUGUCCUAAACUGAAGGCCCACAGGAGCCAUCUGCUGUCAAACCCCUCCAUUAUGAUGAAAUCAUGGGCCAAGCUGCAGCCUAGGACGGAAGCUGUGCUGGGAGCUCUGGUGUCGCAGAGAGUCGACUGUAGGGACGCCCUCCUCUCCCUGUGGAAGACUGACAGUAAAUUCUUGCUUUCUGUAUACUGCCUGUGGCUACCUGAGGCCAUGCAUCAGGAUGUCGCCAAAAAUUGGCCUCCAGUAUGAAAGCCAACUUGUGAAAGGAAAGAAGACUUGCAUACAUCCACUGGUUGUCAUUAAAUGACCAUUUUCACUUCUUUGUAUUUUAUAAACCGUGUACAAGCAUCGUAUAAUAGAAAAUACAUCAAUCAGGGCUCAGUUGACUUUUAAUUGUGCUCCUGUUAAUAAUGUGCACCUGAUUUGGUCUUCAUAAGACUCAUUAAAAUAUUAAUACUUGUCUGUGUUUUAUUCUUGUUUAUAACUUCACCUUAAGCG